AUGGCCGACCGAGGCGAGCUGUGGCCGAGUCGGCCCGCCUCGGGCGACAGUCUCGUCGCGGAGGCGGCGCGGCGCGAGACGAGGCGCGCGGCCGCUGGAGGAUGGGCCCGCCGCAUGGCAGCCGGCCGUUCGCCCGGCCGCCGCCCGGCCGGCGACGAGUCCGACGAGGAGCUGCAAGAGCAGGCCUCGCACCGGGUGCGCGUGCUGGCGCGCCGCGUGCUCGUCCAGUGCCAGCGCUCCGACUGGGUGGCCGUGGAGCAGAGCCUGAAGUCGCUGGAGCGGGCGGCGCAGGAGGGUCGGCUGACCGAUCCGCUCCACAAGGUGCUGGACGAGGACGGAAACAUCCCCCUGUUUUUGGCGGCCGACGCGGGAUCGCUGCAGCUCUGCAAGGAACUGCUCAGCUACAACGCCGAGCUUCAGGUCCAGUGCCGCCGCAGGAGCGGUGACACGGUGCUACAUAUGGCGGUGCGCCGCCGCGACCUAGAGCUGGCCAGGCUGUUCGUGGAGCACGGCGUGCCGGUGGACGCCCAAAACGGAGAGGGCCAGACGGCGUUGCACGUGGCCGCCGCCGAGGGCGACGAGGCUGCCGUCAAGUACCUAUACAGUCUGCAGGCCAACGCCAGUGUUCUCGACAGUCUCGACCGCACGCCGCUGCACGUCGCGGCGGAGCACGGCUACACGCUGGUGGUCGAGGCCCUGGCGGAUAAGUUCAAAGCGUCACUUCUGGACCGCACUAAAGACGGCAGCACUCUGCUGCACAUCGCGGCCUGUAACGGCCACACGGGCGCUGCGCUGGCUGCUAUCAGGAAGGGCGUACCUCUGCGCAUGCCAAACAAGGCGGGCCAGCACGCCCUCCACACCGCGGCUGUGGCCGGCCACUCCGGCGUCAUCUCGGCGCUGAUCCAGAGCGGCGAGACAGUCGACACGCCCACGGUGGCCGGCAAUACACCGCUUCACCUGGCCUGCGAGGCGGGCCGGCCGGCCGUGGUGGCCGCCAUACUGCGGCACGUGGCCGACUGUGGCGGGGGCACCUCCAGCUUGGAGAUCCUUCUCGACCGUCGGAACUGUCGCGGAGAGACUGUCAUCCACUGCGCAGCCAGACAGCGACAGGCGCAGGGGCAAAAUGGUGGCGACAUUGUGACCCUGCUCUGCGAGCCGAGCCUGCAGCAGGUGCUGAACGUGCAGACGGUCAGCGGCCACACUUGCCUCAUGGAGGCCGCCCAGCAGGGCCACCAGCAGAUAGUCAAGAUGCUGCUGGACCAGGGCGCAAGGGUGGACCUGCUGGACUCGGAGGGUCGGAGUGCCCUGCACCAGGCGGCGGACGGGCUGACACCGCUGCACCUGGCGGCGGCGGCCGGGCACCUGGAGGCGUGCAGUGCGCUGGUGCAGGAGGGCAACACAUGCGCGCACGUAGCCGCGCUGACGGGCUCCGUGGCCGUGAUCAGGGAGCUGCUGACCUUCAGCGCCCAGAUGAUGGGGUUUACACCCGUCCACCUGGCCGCUCGGGAGGGACACAGCGGUGUGCUGGAGCAGCUGCGGGCGCUCAAGGUCUCAAUGGUGGCCACCAACGUGGUGUGGGAGCUGCUGCGUCACGUGCCGGGGUACACGCCUCUGCAUCUGGCCUGUGUGAGCGGCCAGCGCGAGGUUGCUGCAGAGCUGCUCAGCCGGCGGCUGGACCAGGAUAGCCUGACGGCGCUGCACCACGCUAGCCAGGGCGGCCAUCUACCGAUGGUCCAGCUGUUGGUGGAGCGAGGUGCCACCUCUGACUGGGACAACGACGACGACACUGACGCCGUCAUCAACCUCGCGGCGGCGGCAAAACACGCGAACGUCGUCCAGUACUUGAUGCGUCAGGGAUUUAUCAAGCACGCGCUGUUAUCUGACUCCAAGUUCAUCGGCGACCUGGCGCUGAUGUCCGCGAGGGAUGAGUACCGCCUUCUGCAGGACUUCAUCCUCCUCUCGCCAGUGCCGGUCUACUCGGCGGUGAAGCUCGCUCACCGCCUCCAGCAACUGUCUGAACAGGCUGUCGACCCGGACCAGACGGAGCUGCUCGACCUGCUGCUGCAGCUGCGGCAGAAGCAGCCAGCUAAGAUCUGA